AUGCCAAAUCUUCUUUCGUGCUCGCGCCAAGAAAUGCUCGAUUAUUUUGACAACUCAUGGGCGAUGACAGAUGCCCUAUUUGCCACGUUACAGGGCAAGCGUGCCUUCACGACGCCACCACCGCAUCAGCUCCGCCACCCGCUAAUAUUUUACUAUGGACACCCAACUAGCUUCUACGUUAACAAGUUUCUCUUGUCGGGUCUCAUCCAAAAACCCGUGAACCCUUAUUUCGAGCAGAUUUUUGAAGUGGGCGUAGACGAAAUGCGCUGGGAUGAUAUGAGCAAAAAUGAAAUGCACUGGCCACACGUAGCUGACGUACUAGUCUACCGUCGUCAAGUUUAUCAACUCAUUCGGAAUGUAAUCAAAACUCAUCCGGGAUUACAAGCUGGACAUGAGCAAAUUACCGAGAACAGUCCGCUUUGGGCGCUGCAAAUGGCGCUCGAGCACGAGCGUAUUCAUCAUGAGACCACAUCGAUGCUGAUAUUGGAGCAUCCAGUCGAAUUUUUCAAGAGCACGCCACUGCUGCCUGACUAUCAUAAAUCGCUACAUGACGUUAAAAAAAGAGUCACAAUGCAACCGGUUGCAGGUGUGGACUAUCCAAUAAACGAUUUUGUCGAGCUUCCUGCUGCCAAAGUUCGGAUCGGCAAACCACGCGAUUUUCCUUCGUUUGGAUGGGAUAAUGAGUAUGGCCACUGCGAAGUAAAUGUACCAGCCUGCCGUGCAAACAAGUUUCUCGUUUCAAAUGGAGAGUAUUCCGAGUUCGUGCGUGAAGGUGGCUACAUGGAGCCAUUGUAUUGGAGCACACAUGGCUGGGAUUGGCGCUGUUUUCGCGACACGAAAUUGCCUUCUUUUUGGGUGCAGGACGGUCUGUCUAGCAGUCGACGUUUUAAGUUACGAUUAAUGUUUGAUGUGGUGCCAAUGCAAUGGAAUUGGCCUGUUCAGGUAAAUUGCCACGAGGCUCAGGCUUUUUGUAAGUGGAAGCAAACCAAGCAGUCAGAUCAAAAUUUAAUCUACCACCUCACAACAGAGCCAAUUCAUCAGUUGAUGCGAAAUGAAAAGGAUCGCUCUAUUUAUGUGUUUUCUGACGCUAAUUUGAUGCUUCCGAAGAGCACCAACAUGGCUACUGAUUUAGACAAGAAUCUUAACUGGGCUCACAUGUCGUUUUCUCCCGUGGACGCCUUGCCGCCAACAACCCAGGGAUUUUAUGAUGUGUUUGGUAACGCUUGGGAGUGGUGCGAAGAUAUGUUCUCGCCGCUGCCUGGAUUCCGCGUUCAUCCUUACUAUCAUGACUUCAGUGAGCCCUGCUUUGAUGGUGAGCACAACAUUAUAAUGGGCGGAUCUUUCGCUAGUGCCGGUGGAAAUGGCGUAUCCAAAUUUUCUCGCUUCCACUUCCGCCCACAUUUUUUCCAACAUGCAAGCUUUCGAGUCGUGGAGCAGAAAGUUAACGGCGAAAGCGAAUUCAUGUUAGCAACAACAGACGUGGAUGCUCCGUUCCCGUAUGUAAGACGAACCCCGUCCCAAUAA